AUGAUGAAGCCAUUUCCCGACAGAGGGGACGAAGAGAUCGUUGAACCGCCUAAUGAAAAGCAGAGUGAAAUAAAUUUCUUGCUGGAACGCGAGAAAUGGAUUUUUAAGGAACACGAGAACCAAAAGGAACUUCUCCGGAGAUCCCAAAUUUCCGAAAGAAAGCUGCACCGGGAACAAUUUUAUAAAAGAAUUGAUCCCGAGUACAUGCAAUCGGAAUCAUUUGGGAUCUCCCCUUUUCGAUCUAUGGUUCUGUGCCCUGCCGUUAAAAACAUAGUUUCUGGAAUAGAUCUGGAAAAAUUUGAAGACAUGGACGAUAACAUUUGUAAAUCACCGAGGUUAACAUUUCAUGAUCUAUAUAGGCAGUUUCAGAAAGAAGAAGAGAGCAUCAUCUCUAGACAUCGCUCUCAGAUGACGGGUCUAGAGAGCUAUCAUAAUCGAGUGUUAAUUGAAUUACAAAAGCAGAUUUCAAGGAUAGCCCAACCUCCGGAUUUCCAAAAGUUGCGAAAACAAAAGUCUUCGGAAAGCGGAUCAUCAAAAAAUAGAUCAUCCGCUUCACCGAUGGAAAUAGAAGAAUCCAUGAAUUUCCCUAACAACUCUGCCUCACCUACAGAUCCAGUAAACGCGAAUCAACCCAAGCAAAAUCCUGGAUCAUCCACCUUCACACCUGGCGAUCAAAGUAACAACUCGAUAUCUCGGUCACAUUCUUCGUCUUUUACUCCCGCGGCGCGUGCUCUGACCUCGGAAAUGCGCGCCCCAGAUACGGUAUCAUCACAUUUAAGCGUUGACGCGUCUCCCUUCAUGACAACUCCCGGUGACCAACAAUGCGACAAUAAUUCGACUGCAAAAGUGGCGAAUUGUCGAAAAUUGAAUGUACCUACUAAUCUAUCAACAAUCCGAGCGAAUGUCGAUGCCUCAUCCAACCUAUCAACAACUCAGGCAGGUGUCGAUGCCUCGACCACCCCACCGGAAACCCAAGCGAUGAAUGUACCCAACAACCUUAAUCUACUAAACCCCGAAAUAAUAAAUCUCCUAAAUAUGUUUGGAAGCAAUUUCUCAGCAAAUAACCAACAAACCACUGUUUUAUUAAGUUUGAUUGGGGGUUUACUGAAUGCUCAACAAUUCAUGAUGAGUAAUCAGCAUGGUCAACAUGGAAAUCCAAUGGUGAACAGUAGUACACUUGGAAAUCCACUGACAAACAAUUCACAUGGAAACCCAGUGUUAAACAAUCCACUUGGGAAUCCAUUAAUGAACAAUUCACUUGGAAAUUUAUUAAUGAACAAUCCACUGGGAAAUUCAUCAAUGAACAAUCCACUUGGGAAUCCAUUGAUGAACAAUCAACCUCAGGUUCAAAUGGUGAACAACAAUCAAUAUCAGAAUCAGCCUUCGGAUUUAUCACGUGCACCAAUUCUUAAUCAAGGUGGGAAGGUCGCUGGUUUAGAG